GACGACUUUCUUCAUCGCUACGACGCUGGAUGAUCCCGACAUUGUUCCGGUUUUGGAGGACUGUUGUCUUUAUGAUGACGACUUUAACACUUUAAGUCACUAUUGGGCUAGAAAGAGCAGUCCACGCCUUCGUACCCCAAUAAACGAGGCUUCCUCUGGACCAACCUGACAGAACUGACCCUGUUAAAGUGUCUCUGCGUGUCCUUGCUCUGACAAUGGAGUUGUGUUGUGAGUCAAUGAGAUGUCCCGAGGACAGAAGACCCGCCAGUUGCAAGUUUGUGGAGCUCCAUGUGCUGUUUGUUCCAGAAGACCAGUGGAAUGUGAAGCUCAACAAGGUCCCUGCCGAAGCCAUAGAGAGCUUCAUAUCUGCCGGCUUCAUCAGGGUGUAUCCCGAUACCACCCUGAAAACUCUGAGGAGAGAGCUGGGAGCUCUUCUUGGCGCCGAGAGGCACUUCGAAAGAUUUUCCUUCCUCAAAUGUGUGGGACACAGUUUGGCUCUGGUCAAAAGCAAACAGGAGAAGGAUCUGAAAGUGAAAACGUUGCUCCACCCUAUGUAUGCCCCACAGCCAGAGCUUUACCUGCUUCCCACUGUGGAGAUCGACAGCAGUGUUUGCUCCCAGUCGCUCACCACAGACACCAGCAGCAUCCCAGACCACCAGACCCAUUACCACCCUCCCGAGACAUUCACCCUGCCAGCAGGAAGAAAAGAGCCUGUUAAAUUCCCCCUCAUUCCCCCAGUGUUCCCAUCCGCAACCCCCACUCCAAGCCUGGAAGAGGAAAGAGGAGGAAAAGAUGAGGCAGAGCGACAGUUCUUCAGAGGCAGAAAGGAGAAAUGGAAGAGGAGGGGUCUCUCUUCGAACCAGUUGCAGUGGGCUGAUCAGGGAUGUUGCCCGAGGAAGCCUCAUAUUCAAAGGGCAACACAGCUCGUUUCACAGAAUAAUAGGCAACAUUACAGACGUGAAGCGGAUUCAGCUCAGGUGAAGGAAUCGCCAGAGAACAAAGACACCUGCAAAAAGAAGAAACAGUACCACAGGCAGAACAGAGCGCCUCUGGAGGACAGAGAUUCAGGCUUCUCCCUCACAGAUGGGCUCGGCAAAUCGAAAGAUGUCCAUGCAUUGAAUUCCAUCAGGACUAAACCAACAAGUGUGGUGACAGAUCGUCCAGUUGGGUUGUCUCGGUGUGUUGCUCUCACCUCUCCCCCUCCAGGUGGAGUCUUCCCUGUGGUCACUCAAAAGACCACGGCCUCUCCCGUCUUUCAGACAAACAGAGAGCAACUGAUUGAGGAAAUCAAGCUGGUGAGGGAAGAGAGAAAGCAACUGGAGUGGACAAGGCAAGAGUUGCUGAGAAAAGGGAAAGAUUUGUUGUCUCAAAACAGACAUCGCAGGAACCAAGCACGUGACAGUUGGAAAAAGAAAUAUUUUGAGACCAAGAAGGCCACAGCACCAUUGGAGGAAAAUCUGAGAAACCUCCGACAGGAGUUGGAGACAUUUUACAACAAACUCUUGCACCAGCUGCAGGCCAGAGAUAACAGAGGGAAGCCACAACGACAGGGCAGAUCUUCCAUAAAGAAUGAGCUCAUCAUUCAGAUCAUGACAGCGAGCCAUGAGAUUGACAACCUGAAGAGGAAGGUAGAGGAUGCUAAGAUGAAGCUGGUGACAGAGAUAAAGUUGAGGAAACAGGCUGCCACGGAGCUGAAGGCCCUAAAGGCUGAGCUGGCCCAGAAGAAGAGUCAGUCCUCUCAUCCUGGUCCUACGUCAUCUCUGUGCUUCGGAAAGACCACACGGGACAGACCACAAGUUCAAAGCACCUCCAUUUAAUUCAGUACAUACAAACUAAAGACUAUAAACCAAAACCCUUUGGUUGGACAGCAGUGGAUUUGUUUGAUGUUAUGCUGCUGAGUUUAGUAUUGUGGUACUUUUAUUAUUUUUUUCAUGUCAAUUUGUUGGUACUGUUUUCAUUCUGAAUUUCUCAGGUGCUGUGAGCUAAAGACCCACAGACCCGUUUUUGUCUAUUUUUAGGGUGAGAUAGCAGGUUAACGGUAUAUGUUGAGAUGCUCAGCAGCGUGUGUCAGCUUUGUUAUAGUCAUAACUACAAAAUAAAGAAUGACUUAAAUAGUUAACAUACAUUGUUUCAGUGUAGAAGGGCUAAGAUGGAAGAUAUGAUGGACAUUCCUAUUACACAGAUUAUGGGCUACAUUUUAAAAAAGAUCAAAGAUCACUCCAAAAUAUCAAGAUCUUGAGGAACACCAAAGAAAAAGUCAUGCCAUUCAAGUCUCAAAUUGUGGUAACUAGAUGGGCAGAUAUAAUUCUAUGCUCAACGUGAUAUUACUUACCUCUUUGUUGGAUUCCAGAAAGGAGGAUGAAUAACGAUUAAAUUACGCUGAUAAUUA